AACGUUUAAUUUAAAUUUACAUGGCCAUUUGAUUUUUUUCAGUUGAAUACCCACUCUUUCUCUCCUUUUGCUAAGUAAGGCUAAUCACUGGGGUUUAAUUAUGAAUUAGAAAUGAACUCGACCAUGCCUCGCUGGCUCCCCCGCUAUAGGAGAAAGGGUUCCUGACGAAAGCGGAACUUACAAAUCAGAAAAGAGCAAGUCCUUGAGUGCAUUGGAAAUCUGAGCCUCCGGAGCUAGAGACGCUUUGCUGCCUCUUGAAAAACAGGCAGGGCUCAGAGAGAAACUUUCCCAGCUCCUAAGGGAAAGGGGCUUUGAGUAUCAGCUGGCUCUGGGCGCAAGUUUGAUCCAAAUCCAUACCAAGAAGGGACUGACUCUGAGCCUCUGCCUGUGGGAUUGGGCUUCGAGGCGCUCAGCAAGCAGGAAAGCUGGUUCUUUUCCCCCUGGGAAGAAGAGUGGACUUGGGUGCCAUGAUGGCCAGCUACCAGGACGCCGAGGAGGACCCCGUAGCCCUGCUGGCUCACGACCCCAACGCCAGCAAGGAGGCCGAGCGAGCCAAGGACGAGCUGAGCCCGGAGAAGGGGGCCGAGAAGCCGGACCCCUCUCAGAAGCCCCCCUACUCCUACGUGGCUCUGAUCGCCAUGGCCAUCCGGGAGAGCGCGGAGAAGCGGCUCACGCUGUCCGGCAUCUACCAGUACAUCAUCAGCAAGUUCCCCUUCUACGAGAAGAACAAGAAGGGCUGGCAGAACAGCAUCCGCCACAACCUGAGCCUCAACGAGUGCUUCAUCAAGGUGCCCCGCGAGGGCGGCGGCGAGCGCAAGGGCAACUACUGGACGCUGGACCCGGCCUGCGAGGACAUGUUCGAGAAGGGCAACUACCGGCGGCGGCGGAGGAUGAAGAGGCCCUUCAGGCCGCCCCCGACCCACUUCCAGCCGGGCAAGAGCCUCUUCGGCAGCGACAGCUACGGCUACCUCUCCCCGCCCAAGUACCUGCAGUCCGGCUUCAUGAACAACUCGUGGCCGCUGGCCCAGCCGCCCGCGCCCAUGCCCUACGCCUCCUGCCAGCUGGCCGGCGGCAACGUCAGCCCCGUCAACGUGAAAGGACUGUCGGCCCCGGCCUCCUACGGCCCCUACUCCCGGGUGCAGGGCAUGGCCCUGCCCGGCAUGGUGAACUCCUACAACGGCAUGAGCCACCACCACCACCACCCGCAGCAGCUCAGCCCCGCCAGCCCCGCGCCGCCUGCCGCCCCGGCCCCCAACGGAGCCGGCCUCCAGUUCGCCUGCGCCCGCCAGCCCGCCGAGCUCUCCAUGAUGCACUGUUCCUAUUGGGACCACGACAGCAAACACAGCGCCUUGCACUCCCGGAUAGACAUCUAGAGACCCCCGCCCUCCUGUCUCUCUGUCUCUUGUUUCUCCUCUGUAGUGGCGGAUUUGUCUAAAGUGCUCUCUGUGCCAAAAAUGGGUACAGCGGGAAAAUGUAAGCCCUGCUCCGCGUUUGGUUGAAGUCAGUGUAAGUGUUGAACUUUAAAAACCCUCUAGCUGCAGCGAGAGAUCUGCGUGAUCCUGUUUGAGUGUAAGGCUAUCAAGCGAUGGCCGGUUUGUCUGAUUUAUAACAAGGGGUGGGGGAGAGACUGACUUAAAAAGAAAAAAAAAGCAUGCCAUUACAAAUAUACAGUUUUGUCCUCAAACGUAUGCGCCACUUUGUAAUUUGGCACUAUUAUUUUUGGGCGUUGAGGAAAGUAAACUGAGGGGGGAGGGGGGGGGAAUAGAAAAACCACCAAUUCGAUCUCCGCUAAUUGUAGAUUUGUUGCGGGGACAGGCCUAUCCGCUGCGUAUCACAGGACUUGUAUAGUCUGGAAAGAAUUGCACUUCUUCAAAGUUCUGUCCUUGUGUCAAAAGAGUACUUACUUGGGGACUGUUUUUAAAGCAGAACACAUGCCUACAUUUCAUAGCAAUGCUGUUGAUAUUUGAAACAAACAAAAAAUAGCAAGAGUAACUUGUGAAAUAUGUCGGCAGUGAUAUAGAUAUAUGUAUAUUAAAGUAGAAAACGUCCUGUGAGGUCUUAAGAGUAAUUUUAUACAGGUCUAAAAUAAUAUUUUGAAGUUAUAAGAAAAAAGACGGUUUCCUAUAAUAAUUGGGAUUUUUUUCCAUGCGCAUUAUUAUUAUUAUUAUUAUUAAAUAAAAGUUAAAUUUUAUCUUCAUAUUUUUGACCAAAAACCUCCUGGCCCCAAAUUUGGCAGGUUCUGCGUUUAACUGCUCCGCAUCUUUCUUACAAAGUUUUGGUCCUCCGACUUUAAAUAGAUUAAUGUGAAAAACAUAGAUGUUUAUAAAUAUUGGGGCCAGUUCAUAGCGAUUUUAUAAAUAUUUCUGUAAGCUGAUAGAUACUAUGGCAUAGUACCAUUUUUGGGACCAACUUUUCUAGAGUAAACUAGCACUUUUAUUGUAUUUUCUAGCAUUGUAAAGUCUCCAAUAAAAUUUUUUUCUUUCUUUUAAUAUUGUUUUAUUUUCCUUCAGUCCUGCGUGCUCCACUGCUGAUAUGCAAAUUCAUUGAGAGAUUCAGUGCAAAAUAUUUUAAUUGGCUUGAAUAGUUGCAGAGAUUCCUAACAUUCUAAAAUAAAAUGCAAAAAUUGGGAUGUGAUUUGGUAUAGCAUAGUGUAUAAAAAUACGCAUCUAGAUAGACAUGUGUGUAGGGUAGAUACAGUUUAUAUGCAGAUUACCCACGCUUGAUAUUUUUAUUCCAAGUCUAAAUAAUUGAAAUGUUCUAAGCAGCCAAAACUUAAUAAUUCUGUUUUUAAAAUAUACUGAAGGCAGUCUUUCUUUUCGUUGUUGUCAUGCAGAAAUAUUAAACUUUAGUCUCUUCCCUAUGACCAGAGUCCGAUCCUGCACUCCUAACGCAGACAAAACUCCACCUAAAGUUCUUUAGCUUCAUUUGGAGUUUUGUCUGAAUAAUGAUUGCCAGAUUCGGCCUUAAAGGGUAUUAUGUUUUCACAAAGCCAGUCAUUUUGAGCCACUCCAAAUUAUCUACCAGAACAGAGUAACAAUUGCUUUGCUUUCACUGCUCUUCUGCGAUCAUAUUUGCAGAGGUAGAUAAUACGGAUUUCGUGUUCUCUUUUGCAGCUGUGGUAAUGUAGGGAAUAAACAGCUGUGCUAUUUGGAUUAAACCAAUAACAAGUUCGAACCCCCGUUUGACUCCUUCCUCUUCUGCUAAAGGUACCAAUUCCAUAAAGGAAAACUACACUGCUUGCAUAACUGAUAAACAUAACAAUUCAAAAAGCUAUUAAAUUAUUCUGGAGACGUGUCAGAAUUGUUUUGUUAUUGGAAGGUACUUGGAAAGCAUACCCUCUUUAAAAUACUGUGCAUUCUUAACAUGCCCGCUGUUUGUUGUGACUUAGAAAGCAUCUAAACAGCAAUUCAGUAAUGCAAAUAAUAUUAUCUGCGGUGGCAGCUGCAUUACUCAAAAUGUUAUAAGGUGGCAGUGCAUCCUUUUUUGUAACCCCAGGCAUCCGAAUUUUAUUUGUCCUCGCAACCUGUCUCUAUAGUAUUUACUCUACGAUGUUGGUGGUUAUGUUAGCAGCUGUUUCUGGGCCUUGACUUUGCUUUAAAAUCUGCCUGUACUUACUGGUGACAGACACCUUCCUUGGUUAUACAAUAUAUUCUUGAGAGUUAAAUGGAGACUGAGCAAAGAAAUUCUUGAGCAGGAUAAAGUUACUUCCCAUCAAUUUCUAAUUAAUGAAAGACCAUGAAUGCAUAGUGCAGUGAAGAUAUAGGAGGUUAGUUUUGUCAUUGUUUUAUUAGAUCUGUUAUUCCUACCGGUAGUAAUGGGGUCCCUUCCUCUCUCCCCUUUCCAAUUUAAUGGGAUCUCCUUAGCACGAAAGGAAUAAUGUAGAUAGGUAAAUCAGGGCGACUGAAAAGUGUCCAUAACCUGGCUUGUUUGUGUUAGUGACUAUCCUCAUUUUAAAACCUACAGUUUGUUUUUAAAAACUAGGUGUUUUCAAAAUCCUCUCCUUUCUUGAUCGGGGGAAAACAAAAAACAACAACAACAACAACAAAACCCAACCCCGACUGAAAGCUUGACUGCACGCAGAAAUGCUGUAAUAAUCCUUAUACUAAACAGGUCAGGGUUAAAUGAUAAGAGAUUCAUAUAAUUAGAUACAAUUUCACAACAGAACAUAGGUAUAAAUUAUUAUUUUAUUAUAUGUGUGCAAUUUUAAACUAGUGAGGGUUGGAGUGUGACAAAUUAUGCAGGUAUGUCCCAAAACUACAUUAUUGGGGACCGA